AUGUCCCACCACGCUCCUUCCCACCACCCUUCCCACGCGCAGCAUCCCCAUCCCACGCUUCCUUCCUAUUCCGCUUCCGCCCAACCUGCCCACUCGCAGUACACCCAACAACAGCAGGGAUAUGCCCAUCCGGGGCUGACGAGGACCGUUUCGGUGCCGUAUGCCCAGUCGGGGGGAUGGAGUGCGUCCGGUGCAGCAGCAGCGAGAGGCACAGGGUGGGGGCAAGAUACGCAUGGGGAGACGUACGAGCACCCUGCCCAUCAGGUGUUCACUGUCGAAUGGGCCGACAGGGACGAUACCAACGGGUCUGCCAACGGCAACGGCCAAGCACAAGGAGGGGAAUUCCUUAACCCUCUCAGUUCAAGAAACGCGAACUAUACCGAUCACCAGCAGUAUCCUCCCCAAAACAUGAACAUGAACAUAAACAUGAGCAUGGGGAUGCCUACACCCGAACAGGGGUAUGCAGCGCUCUACGCUCGAGUGCUAGGACCUGCACUCCCGGACCAGCCUCUCCCGCAAGCAUACUCAUACUCCCAUUCCCAUCCCCAGCCCCAGCCCCAACCUCUGCAGGCCCAACACCCUCCGCCAGCGCAGCCCCCCCUCCCUCACUCUUAUAGCGCUCCAACGUAUCCCUACCCUUACCAUGCCCAUCCGCAGCCUCCGAUACAAGCGCAGCAAAGCAUGCCAACUCCGCACACCGCCCCUUAUACUCCCCACCCUACCGGACCACCACAUUCGCCGCUCUCCGCACCAGCGGCAUAUCCUUUUCCACAGACCUUUGCCUCCCAGCAGCAGCAGCAUACUUACGCAACGGAGCCGAGGCCUCACACUUCCGCUCCGGCUCGUCCUCCUCCUCCUCCCCCUCCGCUCCCUACGCCCGCGGUGCCGGCGACACCGCUCUCCCCAAACUCCCAGAUGCUCUCUACCGACCCGUGGGUAAACCCCGCUCCUGCCUACCAGCACCCUUCGCCCUCUCCUCCACCUCGACCCUCCCAACCCCCCGCCUCAGCCCCAAGCACAAGCACAAGCACCCACCCCAAUCCCAACCCUAGUCCUUCCUCUCUCCCUCCCCUUCCCCCCAAACCUGCUUUCUACCACCUGGACAACCCCUCUUCCUCCUGGAGCAGCCAAACCCCCGGCCUGACCAGAGACUCCGCAACGCUCAGCGACCUCCUAGAGCGCGCCAGCCUAGCCGAGAGCGUAGAGACACUGCCGCCGUUCUCAAGCCUCCCACCAGGGUACACUGUCGGUGACGUGCUGCCCGAGUCCCGACCUGCGGAAACGAAGAAGCUCCCUUCCAGAGGGCGGGACCUUCCGGACCCGAGGUUGCUGGCCUUAGAAGCGCAGGAGAGGAGGGAUCGGGGGAUCGCCCUUCGGUUAGCGCAGGAGGAAGCGGCGGGUGGAGAGGGCCUGCAGAGGAGGGGUACGGUUGAGUGGCAAGGGUUUGAUGAGGUUGCUCAUGAUGCGGCUGAAGGGACGGAGGAGGGGGAGAGGGAGAGGUGGGAGAGGGAGGAGAGGAUGAAGAUCCAGGAAGAGGCUGAUCGGGCUUUUGCGCUCUCUCUUCAGGAACAGGACGCUGCUGCUGCUGCAAACAGGACCGCGAACGCGAGUGCCCACCCAGAGGAGGAAGCACGUUCACCCCAGGAAGUGGCGGACGAAGCUGAGAAAGAACGAAGGCGGCGGCAGGAGGAGGAAGAUGCGGAGUUUGCGAGAAGGCUGAUGGAGGAGAUGCGUGCUGCUCAGGCGGAUGAGCAGCGGCUGAGGGAGGAGAGGAGCAGGAGGGAAGAGGGGGACGAGAGACUUGCUAGGGAGAUGCAGGAUACUACGGGGUCGAAUACCCCUGAACUGCCAGAAGAGGGUGAAGAACUGGACGCGGUGGUACCGGUCAGUAGGCGGGAAGAGGCAGAAAGGGAGAGGGCGGAGAGGGAGAGGGCAGACGAGGAGCUCGCAAGGAGGUUGGAUGGUGAGGCUCGACAGGCUGAAGCAAGGAUCGAGGAGAACAGGCGGGCGCAUGCGCAUGAUCCUCCUACGGCGUCUCAGUCUGUGCAAGACGACGACGACGAAGCGCUUUACGAGGACGCCCCCGAAACCCAGCCGCCGGCCGAAUCUGCCUUGCAAGUAUCCCCACCGCCUUCCCAGCCGACGUUCCAGCCGUCCAGCCCGUUGAUGUCCGCGCAAACCCACUUGUCCCCCACUAGUCCGCGAAAGGCUGUGAGCCGGUCGCCGGUUAGGGAACUUCCUGAGAUUGAUGAAGAAGGGUGGCAAGUGUACGACCCGACGUCUUUCAGCUCAACUCAUGGAGAUCUUCCUGCCGACGGGCCAUCUGGGGCAGGUGACUCUGUAUCAGCGAAUCUGGCUGGCCAGGACAGCAGCAGCGGUCCUGUGGACGGUCGGGGGGAAGGAAGCAGGCACACGGAAGUAUGGAUCCGACCUGGUGUGUACCAGCAACAGAAUCAAGCUAAUCGCCCAGAGCCCAACGGGCAAGCACUCGGGUCUGUUCCACCCGGCCUUUCACCACCAAACCUCUCCCCACCUCCGCCAGCGAGCCCUUCCCACCACCAGCGACACCACCCCCACCCGGCCCCGCCUUCACCCAGUCGUGUCCAUCCUACGAUGCCAAUUCCUCAGCCUCUGACACUUCUUCCUACGCCGACGUCACCCAGUUCUGCGCUCCAUCCCUUCGAUCCCUUUUCACCACCGGGACCACAUGAGCCGCACACUGAUACCCCCCCGCCGUUCGAACCGCACGCUGAUACUCCCCCGCCGUUUACGGCUCAUGACCCUCUGCCUCCCGAGCCAGAACCAGCUCCCUCUCCAUCCGCGCCGGAAGAGCCUCCCGUACCAGCAUAUGAGCACCCCCACAUUUCUGUGCGCCGGCCCAGCCUCCUGCCGGAAAAUCUGACUUUUGACCUGCACGCCAACAAUUCACCUGCAAUGUUGGGGUAUUCAGGUGUGCCGGUUCAGCCUGUUCAACCUGUGAGCACACCAGGAAGCAACCCCAUGAGGCUAUAUCCGCACGUCUUCAAUCGGACCGAUCUCCCUGUCAGGAACGAGCAAAUCCCCCCGCUGUCACCACCAGAGGUAGUAACAUCCCCACCGACUGACCCGCCUGCAGAGACGAUUGCGGAGCCACCUGAACUCUCAUCAGCUACCAGCCCCUCGCCCAACGCACUCUCCCCUAGCAGGAGUUCCUGUUUCACAUCGCGCUCUCCUAAUCCCGAAGGCAGCCCGUCGUCCCCUGGCAUCACCCGGACUUCUUCAUCCGCCAGCACCAAGUCCAAUGCAUCUGGUCGCUCCCAGCGCUCAUUCCAUACCGCUCCCCGCGCGAGCAUUGCGGCGAGUUUGGCGACUGCACUAGAACACAUUGAGUCGGAGGAGGAGACGGAUCAAGACCCUGCAGAUGACCAACGGAGUCCUGCGCCAGAAUCGUUCCUUGCCACCCCACCUGCAGGAGCAGAGCUGAAGCGAGCCCCUUCGACUGAGCCUGUCAGUUCUGCGCCUCCGGGCCAUCUGCAAUCCCUUCCUGACGUUGCGAUUGGCUUCAAUGCCCCACAGAACGAUCCAGCAUUCUAUCAUCGGCAUCAGGAACCGAUGCUCUUCCCCGAUCUCGUUCUCCUCGAAACCGUCUCUCCCCUGUACAUCAGCGCGAAUACAUACAGGGCUCUCUUGCGCGCCUUAGCGCAUUUCGGCAGUGUGCGCGUCGAGGCACCCCCAAAUCUAAUCGCGACGGUGAAAACAGUCGUGCAGACGAACACGGUGGUACAAUUCAGUCGGCUUAACGCCCAGUCUCGCGACUGGCGUUGUAUCCUUCAUCUUGAGGUUCACCCAUCUCAGCAAGGCGUGCAGCCCUCAGGCGGACGGGGAACAGCUCCUUCGAGUAUCAAAGCCCGCUCUAACGCUCUGAACACUGUGAUUACCCUCCCACAACCAUCGCCUGUGCUUCCAUUCACUCUCUCCUCCCUGGCGGACUAUUUGCGCAAAGCGCUCUCCGACUCACGCAGCGCCUCCUCCGACAGUGGCAAAGCCCUGCACCGCGCAGUAGUACAGAGCGACCCCGAAGAAGCGGCCAAGAACGCCGAUGCGCCCACUCGACAAGGCCUGUUGGGCGUGUUUGGCCUUGGGAAGAACGUGAAGCGGACGGAUUUGAACGAGGAUACGUAUGACUUGGUCACACCUUUUAUCUUGACGGACAACUGA